AUGGAUCCGCUCGCUCAGAUCCGUUCAAAAUUUACAUUCCAGAGGACGAACAUGGAAAAAUCUCACCUGGUGCGGGAUAAAACAAGCAAGGACCUUUCCUUCCCCAGGGAUAGUUCUUGGGUGCUGCUGUGUGAUGCAGCUCUGUCUGUGGGUAUUGGGAUGGCUACUUCUGAAGUUAAAGACCUGGCCAGCUCUCCGAUUCAUGCAGCCUCGGCUUUUACUGGCACUGGCGAUCCCAGCGAGUGUCGUCAGUUGGUUUCUGAAGUUUGUGUGGAGUCUCGGCACUCGUGUAUUCGCAAUAAAUUGACAGAUGAACGCUCGGACCUAAUUCAUUAUCACCAUGUGCCAUCCCACAGCUCAUCGUGCCAACUUCCAAAUCUGGAACAGGAGAUAAGCUUACCAUCUGAGAGUGUCUGUGAGUCCAAUGGGGUCUUCCAUUGUCACUGCAAUAAAAAGGCUCACGAACAGAAGCAAAUCGAGCAAUGUCAAGCUAAGAAGAAGCUGUGGAUAGCUUUGGUCAUCUGUCUAACAUUUAUGAUUGGAGAACUGGUUGGUGGCUAUCUAGCAGGGAGCUUGGCUGUUAUGACCGAUGCAGCACAUCUUUUAGCAGAUGUCACAAGUUUUCUGAUUAGCUUGUGUUCAUUAUGGUUAUCAUCAAGACCGGCCACGAAGAAAUUAAACUUUGGAUGGUACAGAGCAGAAAUUCUUGGUGCACUGUUCUCAGUGAUCACAAUUUGGCUUGUAACAGGAGUGUUGGUCUACCUUGCUUGUGUAAGAUUGGUUCGUGCUGAUUAUGAAAUUGAUGGAUUGGUGAUGGUUAUAACAUCUACCUUUGCAGUGGUGGCAAAUGUAAUAAUGGGAUUGGCACUUCAUCAGGGUGGUCAUGGUCACAACCACAGUGCAACUUGUAUCGAGCAUUCAGCGGAAGCUUUUCACAGCCAUCAGCCAAAUGCCAGCAUUCAAGCUGCGUUUAUCCAUGUCGUGGGAGAUUUCUUACAAAGCCUGAGUGUGCUAAUUAGUGCCCUUAUAAUUUUUUUCAAGCCUGAAUUCAAAGUAGCUGAUCCUAUCUGCACAUUUAUUUUCUCUGUGUUUGUUUUGGGAACAACAAUCACUGUUCUGCGAGAUAUUUUGUUGGUGUUGAUGGAAGGUGCACCAGCUGGACUGAAUUAUAAUGUGGUGAGGGAAAAGAUUCUUGCAGUUAAUGGAGUGAAAACAACGCACAGCCUUCAUCUCUGGGCUCUUACCUUGAGCCAGGUUGUUAUCUCAGCUCAUGUUGCUACAGAUGAUCAGGUGAAUCCUCAACAAGUACUUAAGGAAAUUACACAGAUGAUUUUUGACACCUUCACCGUUCAUUCUAUCACAAUCCAAGUAGAACGAUAUUCCGAUCAAGAACAAACGUGCCUAUUUUGUGAGGAACCCAAAGAUUAA